CAGCCUCUCUCUCUCUCUCUCUCUCUCCAUUUAUUUUCUUUUGUUGGGUUUGGCCUUACUGGCCUUUAUUCUCUUCUUCCUUUUGUUGGAGAUGUAGACUUGAUUUUUCAGAUAAACCAUUUCUGAUCCAUUAAAGUUUCUUUUCUUGUAGCAUUUCUGAUCCAUUAUAGUUUCUUCUAUUUCCUCUUUCAACUUUGCUACCCUUGUUCAAACUCAGAUCAAAUCAAUGGCAUCUUCUUCAGCACCUUCCACGGAGGAAAUUCGCCAACCAGAAGGUCUCUCAGCUGCUUAUGAUUCAGACGUAGUUACAUAUCUUGAAUUACUUUCCUUCAUGAAAACUGAUCAGAUCAUACCAUUCAAAAGCAUCAACGACGUGAUCAUCCCUGCUUUGCUCAAUAAUAUGUUCAAAGGCAAGCGUAACAGCGACAAUGAUAUCCCUCCAGUGCAACAGCUGUUUGAUAAAGUCCAGAGAGAUCUUGUUGACAUCAAUGGAACCUUCAAGAGACUCAAAGAAUGGGAAGAUCGUCUUGACACGCUUACGAAAAGCUUAAUUCUCUACGACUGGGAAGGUUUCUGCAGUAUUGAAAGAACAAAGUCAGCUGAGGAUUUACAGAAGGCACUUUCUGAUAUCAACAAGAUGGUCUCAGAUUUGAAAGUCCAUACUUCCUCAGCUCAAUCUUUCAAUCCUAGCCCCUCCAACUCCGACCUUUCGAUACCCGGUAAUGAGAUCCCAAAUCCAAGAUUGAGUGAAAAUUUCUCCGACACUGACUUCUUCAUUAGUUUCCAAGCACGUUAUGAUAGCUUAAAUUGGGAACAGAGGCGGUGUUUGUUAUAUCUCUCAAUCUUCCCGGAAAGUUCUAUUAUCAGGAAGAAGGUCCUGACUUACUUGUGGAUUGGAGAGGGAUUCAUAGACUCCACAACUACAGGUGAUGGGUUAUUUGAACAGUUAGCUACAAAGGGUUUCAUUGAACCUGUUGAAGAAAAGGGCAUUGGGGACUUCAAAUCUUUCAAGAUAAAUCCACUUAUUCGUUUAGCAUUGAUUACACUUGCCCGGCAUGCUGACUUCUUUGAUUUUGAUUCUGACGAUAACCCUACUGUCGAUUUCACCAGGUCUUCCAGAGCAUGCUUGCUAAAAGAAGGAUCAUUGCAGCGGCUAUCCACGCAAGCGAAUCACGAGAAAUUGGAAGUGUUGUUCAAUGUCGGUGAGAGUUACCUCGACUUCCCAAGCGAGUGUUUUUCCAAGAUGAAGAGGAUCGUUGUUCUUCAUUUGGGAAAUUGGAGUUGCUCCGGAGACAAUAUCAUCGAAGCAGAGGGUGCAGCACUCCUAGAAGGCUUAAGCGACGUGAGACUUCUGAAGUAUUUAAGCCUCAAUGGGAUCUCGGGAAUCACAGAGCUUCCAGGUUCCAUUUGCAAGCCCGACUGCGAUCUGAUGAUCCUGGACCUAAAAGCCUGUUGGAAUUUAGACAAACUACCCAAUGAGAUAGGCUCACUCACCAAGCUGACACACUUGGAUAUGUCUGGAUGUUACUUGAUAGACAGCAUGCCCAAGGGACUCGCCUCGCUCCAGGAUAUCCAAGUCCUCAAGGGUUUUGUUAUUGGCAGUCCGAGGACCAAAGGUCAGUGCACACUUUCUGAUUUGGAAAAACUAGAGAAGUUGAGGAAACUUGGCCUCUAUGCAAACAGAAAGACCACUGGUGAAAAGGGGGAGCUGAACUGUUUGUCAAACUUUAAAGUGCUGCGUAUACUGACAAUAUCAUGGGCUAUAGUUUCUUCAGAAUCCAAGUCAGGAAAGGGUGUUGUGCAUAAGAUAUUGGCAAACGCGAAGAAGCACAAUAGGGCAGUCCAGACACAUGAGGCUCCUGCCAGUCCCAAGUCUAUAGAGAGUCAUACAAUUCAGAUGUACUCCGCCUCACCAUCGAGAACUACGAGUGUGACAUCACUUCCCGCUAGCUUAGAGAAAGUCGACCUGAGGUGUUGGCCUUUGUCGAGGAUGCCCAAUUGGAUGCAACCCUGGAAACUCAAAAGCCUAAAGAAACUCUACAUUAGGGGAGGAUCGAUUUCAGAUUUGCAGAUUCUACAACCGGAGGAAUAUGAUUCACCGCUAUGGACAGUCAAGAUUUUACGUCUUAAGUUCUUGAGAGAACUAAAGAUGGAUUGGCCAGCACUGACCACAAUGUUUCCAACCUUGGAGUACUUGGAGAAGGUGAAUUGCCCAGAGCUCUUGUCCUUCCCACCUGGGGAGGUGCUGAGGCUGGGUGAAAUCAGAUCCGAAGCAGGCACCAGUAGAUAAGAAUAAUAAAUC